AUGAAGCGCCAUCACCGCUCCCUGCAACGCUCUAAGGCAUUCUUUUACACCCAUGCUAAUAAGGGGGGACGAUUCCUUGCCCGCCUACUAAGAGGCCAGACACACCGCACCCAGGUUUGCAAGUUGCACCUCGCAUCGGGCGGGGCCUCUGGCUUCCCGACGGACAUUGCAGGGGAGUUCAAGUCAUUCUACCGAUCCCUAUACAACUUAGAUGCGAUGGAAACACAGUCACAGUCAGCAGCGAUAAUGGCACGCACACAAGAAUACCUCCGCGAUGUGAUCGGACCAACAAUCCCGCUGGAUGCGGUGACCGACCUAGAGACCCCGGUCACAGAGGAGGAACUAGCGGCGGCUCUGAAGGCGGCCAAGAGGGGGAAGGCACCAG